UUAAUUUGUUAAUCUCGCUGAAUGUACGCAUCUCUAAUAAACUUAGGUCAUGAAAAAUCUUCAUUUCAACAUCUGCUUCGAAUAGUGUUAUUUUCUCAUUUUUAUGUUUCACAGAACUCAAGGCAUCUCGAUAAGUAAGCCCUGUGCUUCAACGAGGUGUUUUUAUGAUUCGUCGGCAAGGCCUUGACAAUUUUACUGACUCAGCGGAAAAUCAACGCAACAUUAGUUUGUUAGGCCAAUUUGCAGCAGAGCGUUCGAGAUCCUUGUUGAUUAAACUGUAGAGGUUAAUCUCAUCAAGAUAUUAUUUGAGUUCUGUAUUGGUUUUACAGUGAUGGACUGCAUUAUGUAAAAAAUCACCUAGCUAACAAUAGCUGGAUGAAGUGACAAAGAUUCUUUGCACCAAGAGAACAGUUUUCGCUGUUUCGGACAAUGAGCAGCAAGCGAAACGGAGGUAUCGAGUUGAAAUCUGCUUUCACUAUGGGGUUCGGACGUAAAAAGGAGGUGUCUUUUGCGAGAUCGCGUUCAGCGACUGAAGAAGAACUAGAGGAAAAGAUUCUGCGUCCUUCCAGUCCUCACAUGCGUCGAAAAUCGAUGAUUCCACAUAGUGUGCCCGGUUACGUCAAAUACAGACAGAAGGGAAAUCAGCGCGCUAGACGCUUGCGGGCGGAUUUAUUUCAUUUUCUAGAAGGCUGCAGGACUUUCUAUAGUGCACUUUAUCAUGUUUUUGUGUUUCUUAUUAUACUGGCAAGCUUAGCGAUGGCAAUUAUGUUAUCAAUGAAUGAAUUCAAAGACUCAGCAAAAUAUCAGUUUGUCAUGUUGAAGAUUGAAUACGUUCUUCUUGGAAUCUUCUUUGUUGAAUAUUUGCUACGACUGUGGUCUUCUAGUGCUCACGGACAUUAUAGCAAUUUUUUAGGGAAAGUUAGAUACAUACUAACUCCACAUAUGAUUCUAGAUCUAUUAAUCAUGGUUUGCUCAGUCGGCUUGAUUUAUGGAAAACAUUUGGAUCUAGACCCCAAAACAGAGAAAUUAAUGCACAUGCUGCUUUUAUUGCGGAUAUUACGAGUCGAUAGACAAAAUAGAUCAUUUGCAAUGUUCAAGAAAGUAUUCCUGAAGCAUAGAAAGGAGCUGUUGACUUGUUGGUAUAUGAGUUUUAUCAUGAUAAUGUUUGUGGCAAUUUUGGUUUACGCGCUGGAGACAGACCCGAAAGAUGUCACUGUAAAUAACCUUUUCAAUGGAUUUUACUGGGGAGUUAUUUCACUUGCCUCGAUCGGAUACGGAGACAUAAGUCCAAACACAGCUAUUGCAAAGAUUCUAAUAUGCGUUAUUGCUGUGUUCGGAACAGCUUUCUUUGCCAUGCCUGCUGGUAUAAUUGGUUCUGGUUUCGCUUUGCAAGUUGCAGAGCAUCAAAAAGAGAAGCAUAUCAACAGAAAAAGACGUCCUGCCGCAGUUCUGAUUCAGAGUUUUUGGAGACGCUACGCAGGUGACCAUGAUCUUCAUGCAACUUGGUUGAGACAUAUGGUCGAUAGGGAGUCUCGAAGGAUCACAAAACAACGUAUAAUCAAGUCACAAGAUGUGCUACAAGGACAUAUCCCGUUAUCAGCCGUAACAGCUUCAAGCAAGCCCACAUCUGUGAAUGGCAGUCGAUCUCAGCCAGUUCAGCUGCAAAAACUGACUCUGUCUGAGAAAAAUGCCCUGCGAUUCAUUAGAAGAUUAAAGAUCAGAGCUGCAUUGAAAUUAUUUCGGCAAGCGCGGCGACCAUACGAUGAAAGGGAUAUUCUUGAUCAAUUUGCCGCUGGUCAGGUCGAGAUGUUUGCAAAAUUGAGGAUGAUGGGUUCAAGGGUUGAGAGGAUAUCUUUGACAGUCGAUCGACAAACAAAGAUAGUCGGUGAAUCCACUGGCAGAGUUAGUCAGCUAGAAGAGGAAGUGACAAAUUUGCGGGACAUUGUUGUAGAUACGAAGGACCUGCUAGAAAAACUGUACACUGUUCUUGCCCCGCCGAAUAUUCAGAAUCAAAAUACCGUUCCGGAAAACUGUUUUUUACAGAAGAAAACUGGAAAGAAUGAGCUAGCUGCUGAAGAGAAAAAGCUUCCUGUUUUGAAGAAAUCGUUAACUGAUGAUGAUUUAUUGACUUCCACUGAUGAAGAAAUUUUCGUAGAAGAACCAGAUGAAGAAUCGUUGUCAGAUGCGGAAAUGAUUGUUGAUCUACCUGGGGGUGCUGUAAACCAGCCCCCAAAAAGGAGGUUUAGUGCUGAUAAGUUGCGAAUCAUGGCAGAUAUGCACAAUACACGGCUGCUGAGCAUCGACUCUGCAAAGUCAACAAUACCAUCUGAUUGUGAAAGCAUCGAUUCAGCCCUGUAAGAAUGUUCCACAGUUCUUCACAGGGUUGUUUGAAGGUUAUGAUAAGGUGCCUUUUAGUCAAGGUUGUUGUCUACCCGGCUUGAAAGUAUGAAAAAGAAAAGCUGUCCUUUGGCAUACUUGUGUCAAUUUGAUGAAAUCUCGAGAGCCGAUUCAAAGAAACAUCUUACGAUAGAAUACAGGGUAUUUGAAACGGCACUUUCCCAUCAGUGAUCUGUGAAGUUUGGUCUCAUACAGACAGAAAUAUAAUAUUCUAAGAGACUUAUUGUCCCGCGUGAUGUUUGAAGGAAUCAUAAUGUUAGACAAACUGCAAGAUGAGUGAUGGGGAGAAUUAAUCUGAUAUAUAUAUCAAGUAGUUUUGCUCUUAAUACCUAGAUCAUUGCAGGUCUCUUCAGUUAUGAAAACCUACGCAGGCUUGACCAAUCACAUCAGAGCAGUAGCAAAGACGUGACAUGUUCCACAUGUGUCUCUGGUGCUACAUGAAGCGCAUUCACCUCUUCCACAGAGAGCGGAAUAGGUAGUGCCAAGCUAAUGUCUCAAAGUUCAAGUUUCUUGGCUUAAUAAAUUAUAGAUGCGCUAAUAUUCCUGGUGUUAUUUUGGGAUAGAAAUUCCAAAGGUAUAUCAAAAUAGUUUUGUCUGCAUUUCCAAGAAAGGAAAAGUGGUGUAAUCUAAGCUUUGCUCGUCCUUUGCCGUCUGGAUAAAAUAGCAUUGAUGCUUUGAGAUUCGGAACAGUUCGGUUAUUUAGUGAUACGUGACUUGAAACAUUAGGAAAUUGCCGUAAGAAAUGUAUAGGUCAUUCACCUUUAAUUUAUGUCGGCCUGACAUAUCUCAUAGUUUAUCACGAUGGAUAGUCUAGUUAUUCUCUAUAAGCGCCACUAAGUAAUUUAACUAGAUAUUGCACUUUACUGGAUUAGGGUAGCUGAGAGCAGCAGAUUUCUUCUAUGGCAUUUACAUCUUCAAGAAAGGUAUGUGACAGAAAAUUUAUCUUUUCUAGAAUGUAUUUUUUCUAGUCACGGUAAAUUAGUUGUUUUUUACAUAUUUGAAUCUUAAAAUGAUUGAUGUAUGCAAGACCUUUAAGGAACUGAUACCAAACGUCUAUUAACACAUAACAAACCAACGGAAAACCUGAGAAAUGCUAUGUCUUCUUGAAGUUGAACCUGAGUAGUAGAUUGAUCGAUAAACAGACCUAGGGUUUUCUUAAUAAACUUCCUCCAUCAAUGAAUCAAAUAAACGAAUGAAAUAGCAACCUUUUUCGGUUGAACUGUAACGUGCAAUCUUUUAGCUUUGAUAAUUUUUAUUUAGCCACACGAAUGCUGCAGGAGGAGUAAACAGCAUCAAUCUUUUCACAGUAUAUUGCAUCCAAAAGAACAAACUUGAUCCAUUAAUUUGAAAAGCUGCAUUCGCCUGUGGCAGUUACACCAGAGUGGGAGGGAAAUGGGUGUGACCUAUGAUACCACGCCCUCUUUGGUUCAAUUUAGUGCCUUAUAUCAGGUUAAAUUUUCCUUGGACAAAUCUUGAUUAUUGUGAUCUGCACCUACCCAGUACAUUUUUAUUAACUGUAGGAAGAUUUAUGCAGACCAUGGAUCGAUAAAAGUAAUUUUCCCCAUACCACCCCUUGGGGCCGCCACUAUGUCCUGUAUCAUUUUUAAAAGCAUUAGUUCAGUGGCAAGACAAAUCAAAUUUUAUGCCUUAAAAGAUUCUACUGAAUUUUAACAAAUGUGACAUCGAAUGUGAACCAGACGUGCCGUAAACCUUUGCAGGACCCAGAAUUUUCCUAGCCAAUGCAGGAUUCAUUGUAUGGAUUUCUCAACUCUUAGAUUUCUUGGUAAAUCAAGUGUGAAUUUGUAAAUACGAGGUUUGUUUUUUCUUAAUUGAUGUUAAGACAAAAUUUGUGAUAAUUAUUUUAGCUAUGAUUCAUUAUUACUUUAUAUGUAAAAAGAAAUAAGAGAUCAUCGUGAUAACCUCAGCCAUCAUCAAUAUUAUGAACGUCGUUCUUAUUAUGAUCAGCAUGGGAUGCCUAAGAAAUAAAAAAUAAUGUUAGAUUUUAAGUUAGUAGAGGAAAGGGAACAAACUGUUUAUAGAAAACCUUAUGAUUUUAUGCGAUUUCUUCUUCACAUUCAAUAGCCAAGAUAUCGGGUGGCUUUCGAUUUCUAGGUGAAAACAUUCGUCUGUUUUUAGAGCUGAAGUUAUCAAACUGUAUUUAAAGGUUUCUUGUUAUUGUGUGCGGUAUUCUAACCUCUUCUAUUUGGUAGAAAUGUGCUUAUGUAAUGAUUCCGUUGUGGCCUGUAAAAACUCUUACUGACAACGUGCAUAGCGAAUGGUCAAACAAA